GUAGAUUUUGUUUUCAAGUGCCUGUGGGUAACAAUAUUAACACCAAACACUGCGAAGAGGUUAUUUUGACGGUAACAGUCAGUACUUUCCAUUCUUUUCAUAAGGACUCCCUUUCUUCGAUCCGGCUUGGUUCUGGGCAAUUCACGGUUUGCAUAUCGUGAUAUUGUAGCCUUCUUACCAAAGCAAGGCUCGGACUGCGAUCCUUCACUGGAAAUGUACAGAGGGCUGAUUUCAUACGAUUCAAAAGGAUUGGAGAUACGCGGAAACAAUGGCUGCCACCAUCAAAAGCAAGUGCCGUAAAGUUGUCUGCAUUGGCCGAAACUUUGCAGACCACAUUGCGGAAUUGAGUAAUUCCAGACCUAAACAGCCUUUCUUUUUCCUCAAGCCGCCAUCAUCAAUUCUACCACCAGGGUGUGGUCCUGUUCUACGCCCGAAUGGCACCGUUCUUCACUACGAACUCGAGCUCGGGCUUGUUAUUGGUAAAGAAGUUCGCGAUCUUGAUCCAGGGGACCAUCAAGCUGCUAUAGAUUCAAUCGAUUGUUACAUCCUAGGCAUCGAUAUGACGGGCCGAAAUAUCCAGGAUGAGGCUAAAAAAAAAGGUCUCCCCUGGUCCAUCGCAAAAGGUUUUGACACAUUCCUUCCUAUUUCAGAGCCCAUUGCGAAACAUCGUAUUCCUGAUCCCCAUGACGUUUUUUUGAGACUAUGGGUAGACCAAGAGCUACGUCAAUCGGACUCAACGAACUUGAUGCUCUUCCAAAUUUCCAGGCAGUUAGCGGACAUUUCUCGCGUCAUGACUUUAGAACCUGGAGAUAUCGUUUUGACAGGAACUCCGAAAGGGGUAGGGGAGGUCAAGCCUGGUCAGGUGAUGAAAUGCGAAAUUGAGGUCAAUGGUCAACUCAUCGAGGAAGCUAGGAUUGAAGUAGAAGUCCAAGAUAGCGAGGGGAAAUUUGUGUUUCAGGAGACUUGAGGCUCUGGCUUUAUAGACAUUGUAAAUACGUGUUCCUUGAACGGCAUUAAUUACAUCAUAGAGCUUUUGCAUUAAAUGCAUUCCUAUA